UUUGUCCGGAGCGCGCUUCUCCGUCACCACUUUGUCGUCAGACCUAGUUCAGGGUACGCAGACAGUGGUUGUGCUUCUCCUACAAAGAGGGAACAAACGCCUAAUACUGCCCCCGGAAAGCUGCGCCUGUAGCCACGCUGCGUCUUUGUUCUAAUACGAACCAACCAACUCUGAAUUCGCAUUAAAUAUGUCUACUAUGAUUUGUUGUCACAACCCUCAGGUUAUAAUGUACGACCAACACAGAAUAAGUACAACUCUAUAGCCAACGGGAUCCCGAGGACUUGAUUACAGUCACUUCAAGCCUGAUAGUUUGCCCGUGCGACUGCCCCCCUUCUCUCUUCUGCUCACGUCUGUGUAGUCAACUGGCAUUUCUUCUGACAAGUUCCCUUCCCUCUCCUUGGGUGAAGAAGACUUAGUACCUCUGUGAUCUUGGUCUGCUUCACCUGUUGCCUACCUUUGGUUCCUGCUCUAGCUGUGGUGCUUUCUUGGAUUUGCAUUAUUCUUGAUCACACACACCAUCAAAAUUGACCAAGAUGAUCCCAAACGGUUAUUUGACCUUUCAGGAUGAGAGUUUCUUGGAUUCCACCGUGGCCAAAAUGAAUGCUCUGAGAAAGACUGGCCAGUUCUGCGAUGUUAGACUGCAGGUGUGUGGCCAUGAAUUGAUGGCUCACCGUGCUGUUCUGGCUUGCUGCAGCCCCUACUUGUUUGAGAUCUUUAAUAGUGACGCCGAGCCUCAUGGAGUCUCUCAUGUCACUUUUGAGGACUUGGACCCAGAGGCAGUGGAGAUCUUGCUCAACUAUGCCUAUACUGCUCAGCUAAAGGCAGACAAAGAGCUGGUCAAGGAUGUUUACUCUGCAGCCAAAAGGUUCAAGAUGGAGCGAGUCAAACAGAUUUGUGGUGACUACCUGCUGUCUAAGAUGGAUCCCCAGAACGCCAUCUCCUUUCGUAACUUUGCCAGCUCUAUGGUAGACGGCAGAGUUUUGGCCAAGGUGGAUGCUUUCAUCCAGGACCAUCUGCUGGAAGUGUCUGAACAGGAGGACUUCCUCAAACUUCCCCGCCUCAAGUUAGAAGUAAUGGUAGAAGACAACCUGACCCUACCCAGCAACGGCAAGCUGUACUCGAAGGUGCUCAGCUGGGUGCAGCGUAGCCUUUGGGAGAACGGAGACCAACUGGAACGACUGAUGGAGGAGGUGCAAACGCUGUACUACUCACCUGACCAUAAGCUGGUGGAUGGAGGGCUGCUGAUUGAGGGGCACACUGAGGUGUUUGGUGGCGAGGAGGACCACCUCCAGUUUGUGCAGAAGAAACCUGUACGGGAGAGCACCCAGAGACAGAUGAGCUGCAGCUCCUCAGGAAGCACGUCACCCUCCAACCAAGCAGCAAAUGCCCCCAAACAAACUGCCAGGAGAGAGUGGAAGUACAUCGCCUCUGAGAAGACCACAGACAACACCUACCUGUGUCUGGCUGUGCUGGAUGGUGUGCUGUGUGUGAUCUUUUUGCGUAGUCGCAGCAGUCCUCAGACCUCUCCGUCUGCCACCCCCUGCCUGAUGAAGAGCCUCAGCUUCGAGGCCCAGCCUGAGGAGUUGGAGGAGCAGCCGCUCUCACCCAUGCAUUAUGCGCGCUCUGGCCUGGGCACCGUAGCCCUGAAUGGAAGACUCAUUGCAGUAGGAGGCUACAACAGAGAGGAGUGUCUGAGGACUGUGGAAUGUUAUGACCCCAUAGAGGACCGCUGGAACUUCAUUGCGCCCAUGCGGACUCCGAGGGCUCGAUUCCAGAUGGCUGUUCUCAUGGGUCAGCUGUAUGUGAUUGGGGGUUCAAAUGGACAUUCUGAUGAGCUGAGCUGCGGGGAGACAUACGAUCCACACGCUGAUGAGUGGGCUCAAGUGCCAGAGCUGAGGACAAACCGCUGCAAUGCAGGUGUCUGUUCCUUGAACAACAAACUUUAUGUUGUGGGAGGGUCAGACCCCUGUGGGCAGAAGGGCCUGAAGAACUGUGACGCUUUUGACCCUGUGACCAAAACCUGGUCCAACUGUGCCUCCCUUAACAUCAGGAGGCACCAGGUAGUGGUGUGUGAGUUGGAUGGCUUCAUGUAUGCGAUUGGAGGGGCGGAGUCGUGGAACUGCCUGAACAGUGUGGAACGCUAUAACCCAGAGAACAACACCUGGACCCUGAUAGCCCCCAUGAACGUGGCUCGCAGGGGGGCCGGCGUUGCCGUCCAUGCAGGCAAACUGUUUGUUGUCGGCGGCUUUGACGGCUCCCACGCCCUCCGCUGUGUGGAGAUGUACGACCCUGCCCACAACGAGUGGAGGAUGCUGGGUAGCAUGACAUCUUCACGCAGUAACGCAGGCGUGGCCAUGCUGGGUGGAACCAUCUACGCUGUGGGUGGCUUUGAUGGCAACGAGUUCCUCAAUACAAUGGAGGUCUACAACCCUGAGACGGACAAGUGGAACGACUGUGCCAAGGCCCUGUCUGCCCUCUCUGACUAAAGAGGGGGAAGAGAGGGAGAUGGGAGUUCCAGUGCUUCACCUCGUUUCCAAACUAACAGGCUUAGUGACGUAAUCGUGUUUCGUGAUGUUCUGUGUGUAUGAGCGAAUAUGUGUGGGUGGGGAUUAGGAUGUUGGGUUGAGGGGUCUUCAGUGAAGACUGAUAGGUGGGUGGGGUGGGGGGUUGCCCAAAGCAACAUGUCGCCUUUGCAUAUUACAUAUGUUUGUUUUUUUGUUUUUUUUUGCUGUAUAUAUUUGGUUUCUUUCUCAAUUUUUGUCACAUGCCAACAUUUAAUACACAUUUAGUGCUUUUGUUCUUCUUGGAACUGAAAGGUUUGUUAAUUCUGGUGAGGGUUUUUAGAAGAGUUGGCUUCUUCUGAUUACUUUGGAAGGUGGUGGUAUGGAGUGGUGAUAGGCUUUUCAAAGUAAAAUUUUAUUUAAGAUUUCUGUUGUGGAAAUGUAAUUUUGCUCACGCAUGUUAAGGGUCGGUUGUUUGAAGCCUUAAUCGGAGUGCGACCUGAAACAGUCGGCUUUUUGUCAUUUUAAACAAGCUGGAUUGCUUUUUGAUUCAUAAAUGGCCUUUUUUUUUUUUAUAUAUUUUUAUACACUGCUGAUUUACCAAUAAAACUAAAAGUAGGAGCAAGCAGCGUAAGCCGAAUCUAACCAGUGCCAACUUCUUUUUUUUGUGUGUGCGCAAACACCACAUGUACAAACAUGCUUCUAACCAAACUUUUGUUAUUGUGGUUUAACAAACUGAUGUAUGUAGGGAUGCAGUUUACUGAAGAAACUUUUCCCCCUUUUGUGUUUAAAGUGUCAGGCAUUGGCAGAUUUCUUCUGGAAAGAAUGUUAGUGAGAAAAUUAACACAUUUGUAUCAUUUCUUAACUAAUAAAUCAUUUAAAUCUCA